AUGGCACAGAAUCAGGAAGGACGAAACCUGCUUGCCAUCAUCGGUGACGAAGACUCGAUCACGGGCGUUCUGCUCGCGGGUGUCGGUCAAGUCAGCUCAAACCAGAAGAAGAACUUUGUCAUCGUGGAUGCGAAGACCCAGCCCUCGACGAUUGAGGCUGCGUUCAACGAGCUGACCAGUCGCAAAGACAUCGCAAUCCUGCUUAUCAACCAACAUGCAAGUUAUGCUUCGUCUUCAAUUAUGUUGUCCUGA